AUGAAUUCCGCCCGCUUUGGCAAAGACCCCGAGUGGCAGUCUGAAGGUGAUUCCGAUGGUUCCAACACCAGCUUAGUAGAGGCCAAACACGUCCCAAUCCGCCGCUCGCGAGGGAAGCCAAAGAUUACCGAACAUGAAUCAGAAACGGACAACACUGCCAAUCAAAAUGCAAAGACAUUUUUUUUGCCAACUAUGAAUGAGGGGACCUUCAUUGACCACGGCUGUACCCUUGAUCCCGAGGGGUACCCCAUACUCCCCAAUGGUAACACAAUUUUUGUCAGACUUCCAGGUGAAUCCAUCACCAACUUUGGAAAUGUUGGUUUCUCAAAGCGAACAGGUAGUGAGUACCGCUCCAAAGGGGCCUGGAAGCUCAAGCGAAUAUAUUGCCUCGGUGUGCUUUCCUGCGACUUACCGGACUGCCGGUGGGCUGGGGCACCCCCCACCGGACGGGUUGACAUGAGUGAAUGGUUAGAAAGAAACUCAAGUUGUCGAGGGGCCCAUGGUACCUGUCCUGGAAACGUAGUGCACAUCGAAUGCAAGAAUACAUUGAUCCGAGUGGACGAGCACGUGGCUACAUCAUGGGCAGUCCUACGUCACCGAGGAGUACAUAAUCACGCAUGGCCGGAGGCUAAGAAGCCAGAUCAGCUCUCCCGAGAGACUCUAAAGGCAGAGAUUGCCAAGAAUCCAAAGGCGGGGGCCUUUUCGCUCAGGAUCAGGAAGCCAAACCCAUCGGGAGACACUUACAACAGUGUCUUGGACAUCCACCCGUCCCUUGGGAAUGCCGACCGUUUGCGAUAUUACCGCAAACUAAUGCUCAAGGAAUUGAACAUUACGCCGAACCAUCUUGGAGGCAGUGUUGGCGAUCAUUUCAUCACCGAUAUGUUCAAAUGGGUCAAGCGUGGUUUGCUCAUCAUCUCAUCAUCUUACCUGGAAGGCGACGAACAUUUUACCUUCCAAUCUGAAUGGAUGCGAAAACGGUUAUUAGCACGUGACAUUGAUCACAAUGUUUACAGCACUGGCCUGGUUUCUGAUGUGACAUAUCGGUUCUUUCGAAAUGGGUACUUGUUGUCAACAUCGAUGUAUUGUGAAGAACUUGCAAGAUGGAUUCCAAUCCAGCUCACCUGGAUCCGAGGACUGUCCGAAAAAUACUACCAGGUUCACUUUGCCGUCUUAUUCCGGCAGUUCUUGGGGCCAGAGUUCACCACAACCGAAAGGAACAUACUAGUCUGCAACAUAGUUGAUUUCUCCGCCGCACAGCGGGAGGGGUUUGUUGCAGCAUAUUGGGAAGUGUUUGGGAUUUGUGACAAGAAGAUCGUCCUUGACAAGCUCCAGGGCUGUCAUGAGCACUACCGCGCGCAAGUGACUCGAGUCAAGAGGAACCGCCAUGUGGUGAUGGCUGAUGAAGAGAGCACAUUUCAGAAUAUGUGCAUGGAUCUCAUUAAAGAGCCGGCCGAAGGGGAUGCCAGCCAUGAGGAUAAGAUUGAUGCAUUACGAAGACGUUUCCCGAAGGCCAAACGUUGGCUGGACUGGUGGACCAUGGCCGAUGUAGAGGCCAUGCUGUUCCCAUCUCGCCGUCCAAAGGUUGAAGACACUCCCGAGGGGCAAGAGAGACCAACCAAGACAACUAACGCACAGGAGAGUCUCCAUCGUUUAUACUACAUGUUGUCUGAAGGCAAAACUUGCCUGAUGUUGGGAAUGAUUCAGCUGUAUUCAUUCAUCAAGGUACUAGAGGAAGACUUUGACGCGGUCAUGCGAGGCAUAUCAAUCGAAUAUGGUGCCGCACGAAAGGGGCAAACGGACAUCGCUCAGUCCCUAGGAUGGGAAAAAAAGCGCAAGAGAGCUCCCAAUCCAGCCAAGCCGAUUGGAGAUCAGAAGGUUCGACAUACAUUCGUCAAUGAUGGAAGGGCCCCAGAUACAACAGAUGGACUUAUCCCAGAUCUUGCCAAGAAGAAACUCGGAAGACCCUCAGGAUCAGUCAACAUCGACCGGAAUCCGUUCUCAACCUACACUUCUUAUCGAGCCUCUGACCGGGCGCACCUGGCUAAUAGGUGCUGGUUGGCUGCUUCAUUAGAGACCUUGUACGCUCUGUACAGUCCCCUGUGGCAUCAUGGUUCAAGUGGUACAGGGACAUCGUUGUUCACCUCGCUCGUCAAGCACUUCUCCGCUCGGACAACAUACGAAUUAACCCAGCUUGGUAGCAUUCGGGGUGUACUCUCCAAGGCCCAAUCAUCACUUUUUAUUCAAGCUCAAAACCGGUCACCUAAAAGCUUUGUUGAAGGCGAGUUCGCAUCCGCAGACCUGUUCAUUGAGCUUGCCUUGGAUCCAAAAGCCAAUCCCAACCGAGCGCUGAAGGGUCUGUUUGAAGUCGAAGAGAAACGCAUCCUUGUUUGUAAUGUUCAUCCCGCGGCUACUCAGCAACUUACCCGUCUGUUGUACAUCAUCAACAUCCGAAGGGAGACUUUUGAUUACAACAACAUUGGUCAUGCGAAUGUUGCAGAGCUCUUGAGACAGUGGAACUCAGUCGGCUUGCAUGGUGUGUGUGGUCUUCAAUGCAAGGCUUGUGUGGCCGCUCAAGAGAUGAGACCUCGGGAAUUUGAGCGAUUGGGAUCGGAGAUUGGUAUGUGUAGAACUACGGACGGCCUCACCCAAGAAUAUCGGUACAAUGAGCACUCAACCCUGGCUUUUCCCAACGGCGAGGCCCCUCCGCAUCUCUAUUUUUUUCUGGAUGUCGCAACGGUGACGGAUCCAUUUGAACAACAAAAAUUCAUGGCAACUACCGAUUGGCCUGCAACAAUCUUCAUGUCAGGUGUGAGAUACACACUUUUUGCAAGGGGUUUCUGGAACGGAAAUCAUUACUGGAGCAAGGUCCUCAAGGGCCUCGGUGGGAUGGUAGGUGUUUGGCUUCAUAAUGAUCAGGAGAAUGAUGGGUAUGCUCGCUUUGUCACUCCUGAUCCCAGCAAGCUUGGUGGGCCAGCUCCUCACACCAGCUGGCUCAUGUAUUCCCGCGGCUGGACUGGGAGCGAGCGCGAACACGUAAAUGAGAUGAUGGGAACGAUCAGAGUGAUUAUCCACAUGCGACUGGUCACACACCGUUUGCCAGUCUCUCGACAUUGCUGGGAACCUUCAACAACGACUUACCCGUUUUGGAAACUCAGACCACCCACAGCGCAACCAACAAGCCACUCGUGGAAGGUGAAUUAGCAUCACAAUCUCAACUUAAGAGGCCAGGUCCCUUGAUAAGUGGGCAGGAAGGUGACAAUACACCCCAUGGCCCCCCAACCAAUCAGGCAAACAGCAAGAUCUCUACGACCGAAGCGUCCACAAAGACACCUAAGAAGCUCAAACUGAAGAUCAAGAUGACCACUGGAUGCUCAACAGCGGCACUACCCCCAACAGUGGCUAAGCAAGAAAGCGAUGUGGUGGCGCCUGCUGGACGGCCUCGCAAGGAUGGCGCUCGAUUGAGGAAACGAGUGACAAGGAGCUCUGGGAAUUAAGUGGGGCAUUGUCUUGUAAAAUGGGCUCUGGCUGCUUUGCAAUGAUGAUCGUUCACACAUGUUUUUUUUACAUCGGUGGGCCUUGCAAAUUGGGGGCCUCGCAACUAAUGGCUUGUAAAAUUGGCUCGGGCUGAUUUGCAAUGAUGAUUUUACAAACGUG